AUGUUGUUAGAAAUACUACUAUUGAUCCCCAGAUUGCUCGAACUAAUCGUCAUGGAACUACCACCUUUUGAAUUACUUUAUACUACGUCAGAUAUACUUAACGAAUUAGAAACUGCACUUGAAGAGUUGGAUCAAAGCAAGCUUUUCAAAGAUGUGGGAAGGCGUAGACGUCGUAGGAGAAACGGAGGACUAUAUGGUGUAGGGUUUGAAGCAGAAGAUCCCGAUUAUUAUAAUCCAGUGGGGAUAUGCUGUGAUAUCGCCUUCUACACUAAUGAAGAAUAUAAAAAACAUUUAGAUAGUCAUGUUAAAUGUCCUGUUGAGGGCUGCCCAUUUACGUCACAUCAGAAAGCAAUGCGUGUCCAUCAGGAAGUGAUUCACAAUAGUGGUUUGUUUAAUGUCAUCUACCGUGAAACUUGCGAUAAGUCAGUAAAAGUUUGGAGAGAAAGCCGUAAACGAAAUUAUCCAACUAUGGAGCGAGUUGAAGCGAAAAAGAAGCUUAUUGAAGAACGUAUAGAGCGAGGAGAAAUAUUUGAGACACCUCAAUUCGGUUCGAUGAACAAACCGAAUUCAAAUGUCCUACGUUCAUCACAAAUAGGUGAAGUCAAUGCUUCAUCUAACAAAAUGUCAACUUCGUCGAAAAAAACUAGUAAAACUGCGAAACAUUGUCAAACAAAUAGUCCCAGUCCAGUCGUUACAAAUCAAGAAUCUAGCAUACGCUUAGUUCCUACGGAUUACGACAGUGAAAGCACAGAUAAUGACAAUAUUACUGUUAAAGAUAAAUCUUCCUGUGAUAUAACCGAUCCUACUACAGAACCUGUGGAAAAGCUCACUAAUACUUCAAGCAGUCGACGUCGAAAACGUGGACAAAAGCAAAAGGGCGACAAGACCAAUGAUAAUCUAGAUAACGAAAAUAUUGAAAAUUCUCAAGAUGAUCCAUUCGCAUCGCAUCCUUUAGUGAAGCUACAAGUUAAACGACGACAAUGUCUAAGUGACAUUCAUCGUAUACAUAGUCGUCCAACGCUACUACAGAUGUUAUUAGCUGAAGAUAUUCGAAAAGAACGUAAUCAACUUAUGCAAUGUAUUCGUUACAUUGUUAAUGAGAAUUUCUUUCAAGAAUAA